AGUAUAAUUAUGUACGUUCUUAGGGAAGGCAAAGCCAGCGUUUAUCAUAGCUUUUACAAUUAUUUCAUAUAAACGUGUUAGACAGUACAGUAAAUUGAUUAAGAGCAGAUUUAACCAUUUUGUGAUUCAAACCUUUCUGCCAGACGAUAAUUGCAGACUUCAUGCGUUAUUUAUUCCACCAGCUCAAAAUGUAUUACUUUGAAAGUAAAUAGGAAUUACUGUUAUCCUUUCCUAAAUAAUAAUAUUAAUAACGUGUAAUCUUAUCAGUACAGAUGAGAAUGUCACAGGAUACAGAACUAUAUAUUGAAAUGAUUAUAUUUUGUUGCCAUCUCUUGUGACCGUUACAAUGUAAAGGGACCAUGUCGUGCCAUCUGUAUCUGAAACUCUUCCUUGUCCAUUGCUAUAAACUCACUCUCUCUCUCUCUCUAUGUCUCUCUCUCUCUCUCUCACACACACACAACUAGAUCACACAAACAAUGAUUCCUUACGGCGACAUGCUCAAAGGAUCAUUUGAAUGUAAACAACUUCAAGUAUCCUCCAUUGUCAGAGAUGUGAACUACAGCUGUGGUUCGUGUGGUUAUGAGCUGAACUUGAACUCCAGCAACCGCAACACUGGUCUCAUAGACUCAAAGUCCAUAAAGAGAGGCAUAAUUUCCUUCUUCUCUGUGGAUGAGAGCAGGUUCACUCAGAUCCAGCAACUUCCCUGGUCAUUUUGGAUUCCCUUUUUCAACUCCAAGCGCCAACAAAGAACCAAGCUCCUUUGCCGCAACUGUGCCAGCCACCUGGGCUAUGCCUACACUUUGCCCUCCCAAUCCCAAUCCUGGGAUGGCAUCUCUGAUGAUUCCAGAAUUUAUGAUAUAAAACUCACCGCUUUGUUACCUUCCUUCUGCGAGGAACCAUCUCAAAGGUUAGAGAAUAUGGCCAAGUACGAGAGUGCAUCUUCCACUGUGGUGUUCUAAUUCUGUAAGGAACAGGGACAUAUACAGUUUCUUGUUUACUUUUAAAGUCUAGGGUUGGUCGGGGUUGUUUUGUAGUGAUGUGAAUCAAUGUAUCUACUUUUUUAUUAACCUUAGUGUGAUGAUAUUUUGUCAAGAUUCUUUAUUUUCUUGAAUGUGUUGAAUGUGCUUGGUUGAUCAUAUAAAUCUUGUGGACUCUGCCUAGCUUUUUGUAUAUUGUAUAAUCUCCUUGUUAUUUUACAAUUUUGAAUUUGGAACAACCUAAAGGGAUAGACACCUCCAAAUGCAACAGCAAUGAGUCUUUACCUUCA